AUGGCAUGCAAUGCAGCGUGCCGUGCCAACGGAGUGAAAAUAGAGUAUGACGAGGAUGCCUACAAGUUGAUAACUUCCCGUGGUUCUAAUUUACGGAGCAACUUGAAGAAUCUCAUGCGACCACUCGUUGAAGCCGAGUAUGGCUUUGUCAACGAGAAGACACCCGACACCAUCAAGACAAAUGCUGCGCUAGCACUAGCAGCGCUCACAAACUGCAAGACGUUGACAUACAAGGAUCGCCAGCAGUGCAAGGGAGCAUUCGAGGCCGACAUCAUCAUGAAGGGGAUGAUAAAGUGGUGUUACAACAAGAAAGGAUGUAUGGGGAUCAGAUAUCCCAGCUAUUUCAAGGACGAAGAGACUGGCGGGGCUACAUUGGGAAUCAUCGUUGCAUUGCUAAUGGCGAUGGAAGCAUGUGUCAUGGAGCACCAAGCACGCGGCAUUGUCUCGAGAAUCUGCAAAAGGCAUUUGAAGCAUGCCCGUCGUCAUGCUAGCAUUCCUGAUGAUCCCAUUGCCCUAGGUCCCAUUGAACAUUUCACAAUGGACGAAUUCACGGCGGCGGCUGCAGAGUGGGAAUAUCGCGAGUCAGAAUCGGAGGACGAUGGAGUGUAGUUGUAUCUAUCGUGUUGAGGUACCAAUGUACCAUUGCAAUGAA